AUGUCUAAAUGCCGAGGUUUAGCAUCACAUCUUGCGUUGAAACGACAACCAUGUUACCGACGAAGACACUCUAACAGUGCCCAUGGCGACAGCUCCGCCAGCGCUGCCAGUGACUCCACAGCGGCCCCAUCCCAAUUACUGCGAUAUGCUUUAUCUGGAGACACGGACAUCCAUCCAACGCCAGCAAGACGAUAUACGACUCCGAUACAACUCGAUAAAGACCUAGAGCUGAUCUUGUCGAAGCGGACAUUUGGCGCACAGCAUCAACGGGGUAAAGUGGUUUCAUUACCCGGUAGACGCGUGCCUACAGAUUUGCAAGAAGUAUCCGAUCUACAGCAGUUGAACUUAUGGUUUGAGCAAUAUGUAGCUGCUGGCUGUCAGUUGCCGAUCCUGGACGAUUUGCUGAGCGAUGCGCUUGUCAGACUCAGGGAUGAAGGAGCUGAGAUCCCUCCAGCGAUUCGUCUCUCUGGGCUUUAUUAUGCUUGCCAAAGCUUGUCGGUACCUGCUAUACGCUACCAUUUGAAACAUCUUUUACACAUCCCAAGCGAAUAUGGAAAGAGAGCGGAAGAUCUGGCUCAAUGUCUUCUUCGGACGGUGCGAACAGUUCGGUUUUCCAACCCGGCUUACGAUACGCGACCCAUAUUAGAACUCGUUGCAGAACCAAUUGAUAACCCCAAACAGAAGACGGUCUUUAGCCGCCUACCAUUCAGUGAGGGAAUGAGCACUUUGAUUGAGCUUCUAUGUGAGCUGGGGGCAACCAAUGCCCACAAAGACGUGUGGGAUGCGCUGAUGAGACGCAUCGAAGGAUGUCAGCGAUCGAGAACACUUUCUUGGUCUAUGGUUGACGAUGCUUACAAAUCUGUCUUGGUAUUUUUCAAAUUUGGUAUGACAGAAUAUGGGGUGUCCUGUAUGAACCAGAUAUCAAAGACAGUCAAAAAAAUGUCGCCAUCACUACAAAUCAGGUCAGAGCUUGCUGCCCUUUUGAAUAAAAAAGGUAUAGAUGUUCCUCCAAUUAUCGAAGUACGAAUUCAAGCAACACUUAGGCGGAAACUCAAACAGCAGGGUACCAAACGCACAGAUGACGUGAAAGUGGGCGAUGAUAUGAUGGACUUUUCGAUGGUCCUAAGUCUGCUCGAACACAUCAACAACUACGGCACAUCUGUCUCAGCAUCCGAGAUUGCGAAUGUAAUUGAUUCUCUAAAUGAAUGCGCAGGAUUAACAAUCCCGCUAUUCAAAGACUCCUCCCCAAACCGCAGCGUCGAAUAUGCCUGGUCGCCUCAGUGGGUUCCCGGAGUCUCAUCCUCGGCUAUAAUCUCCUUCUCGCAGAAUUCACAAACUUUGGGUCUACUCCGAGCACAGAUUGCGAGUAGAGGAAUCAUCUUCUCUCCAGAGCGUAGCCGGAACCUCGUACAGCUCGGGCACCUCGUACGACGUGAACUUAUCUCUGGGGAACAGGGGGAGACGACUCCGGAAGACGGGCCUGAUACUUGGACCAAGACGGGGUACCUUGUAGUCUUUGACCGGGUAUCAGCCGAAUACCUGCUUAUCUAUCUCGGAGAAGACAUCAAGAUCAUUGAUCCGGAAUACAGGCCUCAUUCUGGAGAUGCUUUAUCCGGCGACUUUGAAAAGCACACAUUGAUUGGCUCACUUGCGCACAUAUCUAUGCCAAAAAGUGUCCAGCAUUUGAACAGGGGUAUUGGGAAAGUUAUUACGCCAGUGAAAAACUCGGCCAACCGUUAUGUCCUGGAUCUCGAUUCCGGUGCUAAUCUGCGGCCGUGAAAGUACGACAAUGACCCCUGUAGACUAAUCAUGUUUGAGUCAUGUAUGUACAGAUUGCGCUUAAAGUAAUUCAUGAAUGGAGAGAGUCGAAGGGGGCACGUGAGAUACUGUGCCCUCGGAAGGAACCGACGUCCAACAUCAACUGACUCACACCUUUCUUUUUCCGCCAACAACAUCCGUCGCAUCACACUUUUCUUCUUCUCACUACUUCUCUCUGCAGUCUCCGCUAUCUUAGAUUCUACACAUAGUCACCUCGAAGUUGUCAUUCUGUUGCAAGAGUAGUUUACACAAAUACUCCCACCACAGGCCGGCAGGCAGGCAGACAGACCGGCUGUGGCGCCACGUUCAUUCAAUACAUCUCGAUGACUAUAACUGCAAACUCUCGAAGCUAGCUACCUAUGCUAAUUUAGCUGCAUGUCACAACCUAACAAGCUAGCAAAUGCCACACUAGUGACGGAUGGGACCAACAAAGCCACAGCAGCUCUUCCAGCCAAUUGAGAACGAAAUAUGCUGUUCUCCAGAAAUCCAACCUGUCCCGCUAUUUCAAUUUGUUCAUCCGUUUAGCUCAGGGGAGCCUUGUACCUAAGCUACAAGUGGAGUACGAGUAAUUACAGAGAUGUUUCAGCUACA